AUGCGCGAGAAGGUCGAGACGAGCGCCUUCGCCUCCGACGUGCGGGUACGCCAGAUGAUGACCGAGAUGGAGGACCUGUACGCGACGCGCUUCGUUCACGGCGAUAAGAAGCGUGCCAUGGCGCGCUUGCGCGUUGGCACAUCGCAAAACAGCCAUCACUUCAGCACGUUUCGCUCCGGAAUGGCAAUCGGGCUGGCGCUACCGGCGCUUGUCGCAGGGAUCUAUGACAGUACGUUCGCUAGCCAAACGUGA